AGAGGGAAAAAAACACAACAAUUUCAUCCCCAUUCUUCCCUCCUCUCUUUCUCUCUCACGCACCACUCACACACUCUUCGCACACCACAAUCUCAGCUCUCCACCUCACCAAUCACGGAGACCCCACCGAUCUCUCGCUCUCCCCUAAACCUCAAACUUCAAACCCUCCAUAAAUCUCUCCCCCCAAUUUUUCCCUUGAGCAAUGCCAGCUUCCUCCUCAGAAGCAAGAGCAAGGUGGAGAAAGCGGAAAAGGGAUAACUCAGUGGCGCGCAAGUCUAAACUGAAAGAGCAUGAUGAUGACAUACUUAAUGAUAACGAUGACGAUGAUGACCCAGAUCUGGACCCCCCACAGAACCAUCUGGAAAGUGAAGACGAUCCUCAAAUUCGUAGUUCUGAUAGGACAGCCCAGAUUACAGGAGAGAAAGGGGAUGAAAAGCUAGUUGCUGGUGGACUGAAGUUAUGUGAGUUUCCAGUUGCUAUUAAGAGGGUGAUAAAUAGGCCCCACUCAUCUGUCUUCCGAAUUGUGGAGUUUGAGAGGGCUGCAAGAUAUGGGGAUGGCAUAGGCCUAGGGCAGAGUAGGGUGCCGGUGUUGGAGAAUAUUUCUUAUCGGCAGCUGCAGGCACUUUCUGCAGUGCCUCGAGACAAUCCUGCUCUUUUAGGGGUUCCCUCAGAGGAGACUGCAAGUGCUAGUGGGGGUGGUUCAUAUGUGAUCAGGCCACCUAGGAUAGUCGCUGGCAGUGGUGUUACUAAAAGGCUCGGGAGCGCAGGUCGUGUUCAUGUUGUCCCAGUACAUUCAGAAUGGUUUUCACCAAAUUCAGUGCAUAGAUUGGAGAGACAAGUGGUUCCACAUUUUUUUUCUGGAAAAUCCACAGAACAUACACCUGAAAAGUAUAUGGAAUGUCGGAAUUUCAUUGUUGCUAUGUAUAUGGAAAACCCUGAAAAGAACCUAGCUGUGGCUAACUGUCAGGGCCUAGAAGCUGGUAUUGAUAAUGAGGACUUAACUCGAAUUUUUAGGUUUCUGGAUCACUGGGGGAUUAUCAACUAUUGUGCAACUCCUCCUAAGCAUGAGGCCCCAAAGGGUGGAACUUACUUGUGUGAGGAUUCAAAUAACGAACUUCACGUCCCUUUGUCUGCUUUGAAAUCUAUAGACAGCUUAAUCAAGUUUGACAAGCCAAAAUGUAGGCUGAAGGCAACUGAUGUUUAUCCAGAACUUGCAUGUCAGCAGGAAGAGGAUUCUGACAUUGACAGUGCUAUUAGAGAAAAAUUAUCCGAGCAUCAAUGCAACUGUUGUUCACGACCUAUUCCUGCAGUGUACUACCAGUCGCAGAAGGAGGUUGAUGCGAGACUCUGUUUGGAUUGCUAUCAUGAGGCAGGAUUCAUUGCUGGUCACUCUAGCCUUGAUUUUAUGAAAGAGAAUUCCACGAAAGAUUAUGGAGACCUGGACGGGGAUAGUUGGUCUGACCAGGAAACGUUGCUGCUUCUUGAGGGAAUGCAGCUUUAUAAUGAGAAUUGGAAUAAAAUUGCAGAGCAUGUUGGCUCCAAAUCAAAAGCACAGUGCAUUCUCCAUUUUGUCCGUCUUCCUCUGGAUGGCGCUCCACUGGACAGUAUUGAUGUUCCAAGCACAUCUGGUUCGUCGAAUUUGAGCAAUCAUGAAAGAUCAGAGCCAAUUUCAAAUGGAAUCUGCUUGGAAGGGGAAGAUACUGAAAGAAAAUUUCCUUUCUCAAGCUCUGGAAACCCAGUGAUGUCUCUGGUGGCGUUUCUUGCUUCUGCAUUGGGGCCAAGAGUGGCUGCAGCCUGUGCCCAUGCAUCUUUGGGUUCAUUGUCUAAGGAGAGUAGCAAAGAAGGGAGUCCUGGAGGUUCUUUGAGCCAACAUGAUGCUGAAGGUGCUACACUAUCUGCUGAAAAAGUGAUCUCUGCGGCCGAAGAUGGCCUUGCUGCAGCAGCUAUGAAGGCAAAGCUUUUUGCUGAUCAUGAAGAGCGUGAAAUCCAGCGGUUAUCUGCUAAUAUUAUUAACCAUCAGUUAAAGCGAUUGGAGCUAAAGUUGAAGCAGUUUGCAGAAAUUGAAACAUUGCUAAUGAGAGAAUGUGAGCAGAUGGAAAGGACAAGGCAGAGGAUUGCUGCCGAACGGGCCCUUGUGAUGUCGGGACAGUUUGGUUCUGCUGGGGUGCAACGGCCAAUGGGGCUGCCAGGUGUCAGUAAUUGUAAUUCUGCUAUGAACAAUUAUGCAGGAAAUAGACAGCACGUUCAAGGCUCCCAGCAACCUUUCGUUCCUGGAUACGGAAACAACCAACCCAUACAUCCUCACAUGUCCCUGAUGCAGCAGCAGCAGCAGCAGCAACAACAACAACAACAACAACAACAACAACAACAGCAGGGAAUGUAUGGUCUGGGUCCUAGGUUGCCCCUUUCAGCUAUACAUCCAUCUUCUUCAGCCUCUAAUACCAUGUUUAACCCGACAUCAAAUUCUCAGCCAUCUCUCGGCUAUCCAAUGCUCAGACCACUAUCUGGGACUAAAUCUGGUUUAGGCUAGGGGGAGGAUGAUAACUACAUAUUGAUACGCGCCUGGAGUUGGAUCGUUUCUUGAGCUUAGGUGUACCAUACUGAAAGAGUCGAAAAUGGAGAAAGGACGUUUUCUUGAACCUUUGGUUUUGUGUAGACUUGCAUGGAAUGGAGUGGGGGCUAACCUGUACCCCCUGGUGCAGCUUGAUGUGCAAACCUGAGAUUGCAUGGAUCAACUGCUUGGAUAUGAAAAGAUUUGAGAUUCGAACAACUAAUUGAUUGUGACCAUAUUACUAAUUAGAUGAGGAAAGGCAAGUGGGUUAUUAGGAAUGUACUACUAUUCAGCUGUACAGAUUAUGAAAAUUGCAUGAAUCAAUGAAAUUGCCUGUGAUGGGUUUUAAAUUUUUA